AGGUCCCGAUCUCAGGAAGACAGCCGGCUUCGCGAGCGGGGCGCCGGCAUCUGCGGGAAGCGGCGCUGCCCCGUGGACACGUUCCUCGCGCGGAAGCCUCCCCGCUGCCCGCAGGCCGGGCCCCGACCUUCGUGAGCCGGCACCGGCGCGCGGGUCUGCGACUGGCACCGCCUGGUCCCCCUCCCCUGGGCCCGCAUUGCUAGGCAGACCCGUCGUGGAGAACAGCAAAGGACGUCUGCAUCUUUGUUGUGUAAACUGACCACAGCCUCCAAUGGAGGGGGCCUCGAGAAGUUGUCCCGCGUGGAAUCCAGAAAGUACAUGCAGGAAGCAGAGCGCGGGACGAGUCUCACUCGGUGCCCCCGUGAGAAGCAGAGGACUCCUUUGGCUGCAGGGUUCCUGGAGCGAGAGAAGGUCAUCACUUCCCUCCUGGACGUGGGUUUCAGUGAUGUCCACGUUAACGAAUUGCUCCGUCUGCGGCCAAGUCCGCACCCUCAACAGUUGUUGGACAUCAUUACAGAAUUACUACUCUUGGGUUUGAACCCAGAGCCUGUGUACGUGGCCUUGAAAAAAAGUCCUCAGUUGUUGAAACUGCCUCUAAUGCACGUGAGGAAGCGCUCCAGUUACCUGCGAAAGCUUGGUCUUGGAGAAGGGAAACUAAAGACGGUGCUUCUCUGUUGCCCUCAAAUCCUCACCAUGCAUCAGAGGGACAUUGACAGCAUUGUUGGUGUUCUCAAGGAGAAAUGUCUUUUCACGGUACAACAGGUGGCCAGGAUUUUGCACAGAUGCCCCUAUGUUCUUCAGGAGGACCCCGGUGAACUGGAAUACAAAUUCCAGUAUGCCUAUUUUAGGAUGGGGGUCAAACACGCGGACGUGGUGCGGACUGACUUCCUGCAGUACUCCAUAACCAAGAUCAAGCAGAGACAUGUGUUCCUCGAGCGCCUAGGACGGUACCAGACCCCCGAUAAGAAGGGUCAGACACAGGUCCCCAACCCUUUACUUAAGGACAUUCUCAGAGUCUCAGAAGCUGAGUUUCUGGCCAGGACAGCCUGUUCUUCCGCUGAGGAGUUUGAAGUUUUCAAGAAGCUCUUUGCUCGGGAGGAGGAGGAGGGGUCGGCGAGCCACGUGCCUGACAACAAAAGCUGGAGUCUGGACGAGGAGGCUGAGGAGGAGGAGGAGGAGGAGGAGUGACGGAGGGACCGGCAUGAAGAGCCCGCAGAUACCAAAGAGUAUUAUAAUUUUCUCAAAGCUUUUGAGAGCUUCGCUCGGAUCUUCUCAGGUUAUUUUUCCUUCUAAAAACUGGUCUUCUGUUGAAACAUUAUUAUAAAUCACCUGAGAGGUGGGUCAGACUGAAUAGGAGCUGCGUUAGUUUGAUCCGUUGUCAGGUCUCUGUGGGGCGGGCCCUCUUCCCUCCUGCAUGGAGGACAGACUCUGAGCUGCUAGAGUCAGGGGGCUCAACACCUCAGCCUUUGGUUUUGGUUUUUCUCUGUUGAUGUGUGAUAACUCCGUGACAGUGAGUGGGGAACCGGGUUCCUUCCUCUGGUUCAGGAGUCAUCUUACGUUUCCUUGUAGUGAUAAAGAUAAAACUAUGAGCAGGCACGGAGGUUUUAGUACAUCACAGCACUUUAUUUUAUGAAAACAAGUAGCAGGUUUUCCACAAAAACACUCGUGUUUUUAAUCCACAAAUACUGCUUUCGGUGUACAGCAUUGUCAAGGAAGGUGUUUAGUGAUGGUUUCAUUUUGCAGAGCUGCUUAAAGCCAGCCUAGUGUUGGGGGACUUUUCUUUCUGUGAGGAAUGGGCCCUGGCUCUGACCUUUCAGGGAUGUCGGCUUUCACGCCAGCUCCUGGCCGGCGGGCCGUCUGCGGGCCCGCGCUCUCUGGCGGUCAGUGGGUGCUGCCCUGGAGCGUGCCAGAACAGGAGGGGGCUGGGGGCAUCUCAUGGUUGUGGCUUCUGAGACCAGAGGAGACGAGCCCUUGUGCAGGGUCUGUGAGCGGGGUGGGGCCUGGUGUCAUUCAGGGGGCUCCCGGGACACUGUGGUUGUGGGAGUCCCCUUGGGGAACCCAGGGGGCCGGAGGGGUGACUUAAAAAGUCGGGUCGGGGUGGAAUUUGAAUUAGUCAUCUCUGAGGUAGAGGCCCAGCCCUCAUGGCGUGGGCUCUGUGAGGGAGUACUGGUGCACCCCAGAACGUCCUGUGUGUCCCUUCCUUGGAGGGAGCUGACACAUGGUUGAUGAUACAGAAAGCAUUUUUGGUGAUGUAACCAAAGUCCAGGUCUCGGCAGCAUUUUAACAACUAGGUAAAACUGCUUGGCCUGAUUUUUCCCACAGAGACCGUGUAAGAACCCUGUCAGGCAGCAGCUCCCGCCUGGAGUGAUCUUGACCCCAGGGAACAUCCAGCAACAUAGGAGGACAUUUUUGGUUCUUAGGACCGAGGGAGGGCACCGUGGGGAUCCAGCAGCUGGUGGCUGGGCUGCCGUGAGCCAUCCUGCUGUGUACAGGAUGGCCUCAAGCAGAACGAUGCAGCCUGAAUUGUCACCAGUGCAGAGGCUGAGGAACUGCCCGAAGGCCUUGGUUCACGAGAACGUCAGGUUGGAAGCAGGCCUACAUUGCUUAUAUUUCUUUUAUUUAAAAGAAAGUAAAUAGCUGAGUUUUUAAGUUCCUUUCCCGUGUGCACUGAAGUGCUGCUGGUAGGUUUGAGCUGUGUUUACUGUGGGGACUCAGCACUGAGGUGCAGAUGCUUUUGUUUCCUCUGGGCUCAUGUUCGAGCAUGACAGUAAAGAGAAAGACAUUUUCUGCAAAAGAAAAGUAGCUCAGUGAAUCCCUGUGCAUCCGAGUGAGAUGUCCAGCGGGAGGAGUCCUGGCUGAGGGAGGUGCCUGUUGGAUUUGCUGGUGGGAGAGCAGUGGGGUUGGCACAGGUCUCCUCCUCUGCCUCUGUGUCAGCCCACAUGCAAUGGGAAGGAAGUCUUUGUCUUUACUGGUUUUUUGGCCGUGGGCAAAAUUAUUGAAAACAAAGGCAUUUCAGUCUUUCAUUUACUCUUCAUUUUGUGGCAUCCCAGGUGACUGGCACUUUCCCUGGAACUUCAGAUGGGUUCUUGUGUCCAGUUGGGGGGACUAAGGAGAAUUAUAAAUUUGCAUGAUUGAAUGUCUAAUUUAGCAACUCAUGAUUGCUCCUUUCAUUUUGCUACAGAAAUAAAUUUUUAUGCACCUGA